CGAUUCGUCGUUGGGAGAGGUUGGGGGAGUUUAUUGGUUAAUUUUCGAGGAAGUACUUCGCUGUUCUUCGUGCUGUUUUUGAGAUUCGGGGACCUGAGUUUGAGCCUCAUCACUGCGACGUCAGCAAACGACAUCCGUAUAUUAUAUAGAUAUUAUAGGCUACGUUCACAUCGACGAUCGAUCGGUACAGAAGAGAUUUGCAGAGUUCAGUACUGCUGCGAUCGUAUUGAAAAAUUGAUUCAUGCAAAAAGUCUGAAAAAUAUGCACGAGUUUUUCUAGUUUUAAAAUCACGACUAACGUUAUUAUAUUAUUUAUCAUAAUCGUUGUUAUAUGCGAAGGCUUUGCUGUACUCGGGUGCGCAACUGCUUACACCCUGUUCACACUUAGCGAAUUAACGCUCCAAUUAUAAAUAUUACUUAUAUCGACAGUUAUAGCGCAUUCAAAAUUUGAACAUUUUUUACGUAUAUUAUGUUUAUUGACACGAAUAAUAUGCAGUUUUUGCAAAUAUACCAAUAAUUUUUAAAAAAAAAACGCUGCAAAAAUCAUGAAAUAAUCAUACAUUUAUAAAAGAAUGAAAUUCAAUAGACUAAAAAACGUACGAAUAUCGUAAUUUUUGCAAAUAUGUAGAGGUUAGCCCGCAUUAUAAUUUUUUCAAAUCGUGAGGUUAACGCUCGGCUGCUGCAACGAACGAAGAGACGCAUGAUGUUUUGCGUGGCACAUCGUCGUCGCCGUGUCAAUGGACAUAUGGAGUCUUGAGAGUGUGUGCGUGCACGCUUCCAGCUGGAGAGAGAAAGAUUUAUUGCAGACGGCAUAAUUUUCUCCACUGCAAAUCCUCGCACGUCUUUCUCUCCGCACGUCGGCCGUCUGUUCCACGAAUCGCGAUUUGCUAAGUACUUGUCAAAGAGUAGAGAAUUCGAUUCGUGGAGAAUAGCAUCAGCGCAGCAUCGAUACCUACGCGCGCACGGAUACUCAAUCCGAGAGCAGUGCAGUAGUGUGACAUCAGGAGAAAAUGGCCAGUCCACGAACCCGCCGUGCCUUAGCCGAUUUAAAGCCCCACGACGAGAACAACAAAUGUUUUGAGUGUGGAGCUCAUAACCCACAGUGGGCAUCUGUCACGUAUGGAAUAUGGAUAUGCCUGGACUGCUCGGGAAAGCACAGAGGACUGGGAGUACACUUGUCCUUUGUUCGCUCCAUAUCCAUGGACAAGUGGAAGGACAUCGAACUGGAGAAGAUGAAGGUUGGAGGUAACAGACAAGCUCGGUUGUUCUUUGAAUCUCAGCUGGAUUGUUUUGACUCUAUGUCCUUUAUUCAAAAGUAUAAUACUACAGCUGCUUCUGUGUAUAGAAAUAGGAUAAACAGGAUGGCACGUGGCGAAAGCCCUACUAGUUUCACAGUAGAAGAUUUCACUCCUAGUUAUGUGGAUAGUAAAAAGGAUUAUAGUAGUUCAAGCUCAUAUCAGAAUGAGUCGUCUGGCUCAUCAUCAUAUCAAAAUUUCAACACUCCAGACUUUAAAGCUCAAACUGAGAACUUCUUUGCAAAAAAGCAGAAUGAAAAUGCAUCUCGUCCAGAAAAUCUUCCACCGAGUCAAGGUGGAAAGUACAGCGGAUUUGGAUAUCAAAUGGCUCCAAUGCCAAAGAGUACCUCUCAAGAAUUUGUUGAUACAGCAUUGUCAUCUCUUGCCAGUGGCUGGUCUUUAUUCUCUUCCUCUGCUACAAAAAUUGCCAGCAAAGCUACAGAAAAUGCCAUUAGGAUUGGAGGAAUUGCUACUCAUAAGGUAUCAGACAUAUCAGAAACUGUAGGGGAGAAGGUACGAGAAGGUACUCUUUUGGAAGAAGUAGGAAGUCAAGUGGGUGACUUAGGCAGACGAGGCUGGGGUGACAUAUGUGGAAGCAAUACUACAGAACAGAGCUACUACAAUUCACACGGCAAUUAUCAAGAUAAUAAUACUAGCUCUUAUCAGAGCAAUGCUGACUACAGAAAGUAUUCUAACGAAAAAUCAUCAUUGGUCUCGGGAUCAAAUCAAAACAAAUCUGGAGCAUCUUCACCAAAUUCUCCUAGUGGUGACUGGGAAUGGAAUGUUAACUCUGGACCAAAAGAAUCACCUGCUGACAGUAAGCCUAGUGUGAGAAGAGUAAAAGAGAAAAAGAUAAAAGAAGAACCUUUGAUCAAUUUGGAAUCCGAUAAAGCAAACUCUAAUAACUGGAACUCUAAACUAGAAGAAGAUGCAUGGGAAAUAUUGAAAGAUUAACUUUAAGCAGUAGUUAGAUAUGAAGACUUAAUCAAUUUCUUACCAGAAUAUAAAAUCUAUUAAUAAAGUAAACUAUUAUUGUUCCACUUAUUUAGAUUUUAAUUCUGAGUAAUUAAAUAGAAAAAUCUAUCGAACAGAUGAUUGAAGCACCUAACUCUAUACAUUCACUUUAUUUUAAUGAAAAAUUGAUUAACAAAUCUCAUGUUGUAUUAUUGUGCAAUUUUGAUAUAGACUAUAAUUGGUUGGAGAUAUUGCUAUUAUAGUUAUCCUUCUGUAGUUAGAUGUAAUACAUAGGGUUGCGAGACAAAUAUUAGUUAAUUUCAUCAUAAAUUAAUUUUUCAUUUGUUUGCAUAGUAAUAACAAAGUAUUUUAAUGCACAAAUAUAAAAAUGUACAUAAUCAGUACACAUUUAAUUCUAUGCAACAAAUGCAACUCAUUAAUUGUCGACUUGAUGACGGAAUAUUCUUUUUGAAAAUUUCAACAUUGUAACUGUAUAAAUCAUUCUCAACACGUCCAGUGUUUUAUGGUCUAAUUUUAUUUAUAGUAAAAUUAAAAUAUUUUUUUGCAUUCUAAAUAAACUACUUAGAAAGAAUUUAUGUGUUUUAAGAUUAUGAAAUUGUAUUGUUUAAAAUACAAUGUGAAAAUUUGUUCAUUAAGUACGUUGCCAAAAUUUAAGGUACUAUCAUGUAUUUGAUGAUAAAUAUGUAAACAUGAAGUGACUCGUUGUUUAUGGCAAGUUUGUAUGUAAAAUAUAAUUAUAAAGAGAUUUAUUUCCGUCA